AACUCUCGGCCAACACGUGUUGAAAUGGAAUUAGCGAGUGUCGUGUAGACUAGUGCUUAAGCUCAAGUGCAGUGACCCUGCUAGAUUUGUUCGACCCUAUGACUCAAAUACCUUGGAUAGAACGGGUUGGUACCGCGUAAACACUUCAGCAGGGCAUGUGCUUAUGUAAUGACGUAAUAUAUAUUUACAGCGACUGGACAGUGAACGCGCAUGCGUUGGUUCUACUGGUGAGAUUUAGGCAUGCGCUUAUGUCAAAAUACAGCGAGUGCAAUGGGACUAUAAACGAGAGAGAGAAAAAAAGAAGAUUAAAUCGUAAACUAAACCGUUAGUCACAAAGAAGACCGAUGCGAUUUUCUAGGACUACUUGAAUCUGUUAAACGGCACUUACCCCUUUCUGAAAUACUAUUCAGUACACAAUUAGCCAGAUAGUGUAGAGGUUGGAUGAUGGGACCUCUAAUGCUAUUAAUGCUUUACUUGCUGUAUCUUGAGCCGACGGAUGCAAUGCGAUUUCCUCACAUCAGAAUCAGGGCAAAGCAAGGGGAUGUAACCGUUAACGUAUCAACAGCUACAGUGCUAAGAAAAGGUUCUAAACAGAGUUUUCCGCAAUAUUUUGACGUCAGAUUUACCUCAAAUGACAUAUAUUCAGAUUUAAAACUGAGUAUAAAUGACGUCAGCGAUGACGUACCAGUGGUUUUACAGAGAGGCGGGAAAAUGGUGCCUUACCGGGUCUCCUCGGAGGCCGCCGCAUUCUAUAUGGACGUUUCAAACAAAGCAGCAUUCAUCGUCUGGCGGGCCGGCGAUACUGACUCGGACACGUUUCUGUUUUUCGGAACCUACCAGCAUGGAAAUCAAGAGUUACUCGUGCAGCCACCUGCAUCUUCCGGCACCGGCCAUACCGUUACGGAAAUUGAAGAAACCAGUCCGACUGGAACAGACUUCCUGAUAAACCCUGAAUUCGAUGCAAGCAGAGUCGAACAGUUGGAAUCAUCAAAUGCCAAGGAUUCCAACCGAACAAAGAGGCAGACAACUGAUUAUGAAGUUGAAAUCUUCUUCGUUAUCGACUACAGUCUUUAUUCAUUCUGGUAUAUGCAAAUGACGGGCACCGAUAUAGAAAAGCAAUCAUCGGCGAUUUCUACAAUAAAACAAUUCUACGCUUUUGUUUUAAAUGCGAUGAGCAUUCGCUACAACUCAGUGACGGGUUCAGGGUAUAGCAUUACCCUUAUUUACGCGGGCAUAUCUAUCGCCACAAGAUCUACGGACGCUCCGUACAUCGAGGACAAUCUAGAAGAAAACUAUAUCGAUGGUCGCCGAGUGUUCUUAACGAACUCUGUAUUGCCUGCCUUCAAGGACUGGGGAAACAAAAACCUAAAACCGAUUUACAACUUCGACGUAGCAAUGAUGUUUACAAAUUAUCAAAUGCAAAGGUUUUUCAACAACACGUUUGAAUCGCUUAGAGGUAUCGCCUAUCGUCCCGGAGCUUGUACUGACUGGAAAUACAGCAUCACCGAGUACUAUUUUGGGGCGCGUCUGGUUUCGACUGCAUCGCACGAGCUUGGGCAUAAUUUGUUUGCCCAGCAUGAUGGUACAGUCGACGGUACUGGUGAGAACUGUUCCAGUGCCGAUAUGUAUGUGAUGGGUGUACCUAGAAGCAUGUCAUCUGACGAUGUCAGAAACAUGCGCCAGUUCUCAUUUUCUUCAUGCUCAAUGGAUUACUUUACUGCGUACAUAAAGACAUUAAACACUGGCGAAAACUGUCUGGCAACACGCAGCGCAAACUAUAACACAUCUGACCUUAAUCCUUAUUUGGGUGACCUUGCGGGUCAGGUGUACACUCCAGAUCAGCAGUGUGAAUAUAUACUUGGAGCCGGUUCCUACCUCUCCAGGAUCACCUAUCAAUCGAAUUACAGCGGGAUUUGUUCCAGAAUGAACUGUGUCAUUCCUGGCACUAAUGGUACUUAUUACUAUAAACUCGCCUGGGAGGGUACAACUUGUGGGGAUGGAAAGAUGUGUAGUGGUGGAUCAUGCGUUACGUCGUCCAGAGCCCCGGCUGUAGCGGCUGAGGAUUGUAUGUUCGGAAACAACCCAGGCAUCGUGACGUAUGAGACGGUAACGUGCAAUGAACUACUGGCUUUUCCAAACACCUCAUACAAAUGCUACCAAAGUUACUGUCUAAACGAUUGCUGCGAAACAUGCGAGCAAAUCAGACUAAAAAACGUUAACACCACCGAUUGCGAUUACGGCGAUAAGGCUAGCUGGUGUGAAACGAUGUCUCUGAGUGGCUGCUAUAACAAUGAUGACGUUUGCUGUCAGUCUUGUCCGCGGAGAGCUCUCGGAAUUCAAAAUUGCACAUAUGGAGAUCGAUCGACGUCAUGUAAUGUUGACAAAUGUUCAACUUAUACUGAAGACUCUAGAACUAGAAUAUGUUGUAAAACAUGUGCAAAUACAGAAACAACAACUUCAAUACCCACUACAACUACACCAACUACAACUACACCAACUACAACUACACCAACUACGACGACACCAACUACGACUACACCAACUACAACUACACCAACUACAACUACACCAACUACGACGACACCAACUACAACUACACCAACUACGACUACACCAACUAUAACUACACCAACUACAACUACACCAACUACAACUACUCCAACUACGACGACACCAACUACAACUACAUCAACUACGACUAUGCCAACUACAACUACACCAACUAUAACUACACCAACUACGACUACACCAACUACGACUACAACUUCACAAACUACGACUACAACUUCAAGAUCUUCAACUACCACUAAACCUGCUACAUCCUCAGCAACUGUUUCACGUAGAAGGAUCAGGGUUACAGUGAUCUUCCUUCUACUUUUGUUUCGAAUGUCGAUUUAAAUGAAGGCAGUAAGGAACAUCUAUAUAUUGCUCUAUGGCUAAGAUAUCAUGUAUGCUAUCGGUUUUCAGAACAAAUUAUAUCGUCAAUAUAUGAAGGCGACUGCGUCAGUGAAAAUGAGUAAUGUUGAGGACAAAGUCUAGUUUUGUUUUUUCGGUUUCGUGCAUAAUAAGCAGAUAAUCAUUACACUAUUUUUUUUAAAUAAUCUUUAAUAAAGUUGUACUCUGGUUAAUCAAUUAUGUCUUAACGAUAUGUCUUGAUUUUAUUUUUAUUUAAAUUGGGAUUUCUUUUCAUUGAUGUACUUGAGGUUAACCUAAUGUUUUUUUUUUAUAAUUAUUUGACUUUCUUAAGUUUUCUCAAAUUAAUCCAUUAAUUGAUGAAGUAGAUUUACUAUUGGCGUUUUACUUAAUUCUGGAUUAUUUGGAUAUGUUUCAGGUUGUGCACACAAACUAGUUUACACUCACGGUAAAUUAACAUUUUAUGGACAGUUACAAGGCGGUACCUAACUAUCCUCCAUAACAACCUGUUUUUGUAUAUAUAAAUAUAUUAUAUGAUAUGUGUUGCUUGUGGAUGUUUGUGUUUCUGGUUUGCAUAUGCAUGUUUGUGUGUGUUUUUUAUGUUCUCUUUAAUUGGCGUUUAUCCUGUGCCAUUGAACGUGGUUAGUGUUCAAAAGUACGUCUAUUAUUACAAAUACAUUGCCCUUAAACCCAUUUUAACACAGUAUUUAACCAAAUAUCUAGAGAAAUCAUUAUAUUUAAUGGUUAACAUUUUAUUGUGUAAACUUUUCAUUUUUGUUUUGAUGAUUUCACAUUGAGGCAAGAACAUUAGAACAUACAUCUUUUCGCCUUUUUGUGAUGGCAUCGUACUACUUUUUAAUCUGGCCAUGUCAUUCCGGCUCUAAUAGAUCCUGUUAUGCGUUUUAACUUUUAAAGUAUUGGACUUAAAUCUUUGAAACUGUGUGGAAUAUUGUUCUUUAUUAGAUGCUGUGCAUCAGAUGACUUGAUGUUUGGCAAUCUCAAGUCGGAGUUCAGACUCAAGUCGCAAAACCGAUAUUAUUCAUUACAUUCUAGUUACAUUUGUAUGAUAACGUUAGUUGAAUUUAUUGCUAUUCGACACCGAUAUGCAUUCGUUUUUGUAAAAAGAAUGGAACAAAGAUUAUUAAAGUUAUUUUUUAAGUCUGAGUCAAAGUCUUUGGACCAAGAAUAUCAACAAUGUUCGAUACAAAAUACUUGCUUUACAUUUACCAAAACAACAGGCUUCGUGAGUGUAAGACAAUUAUGUCGUAUACUCAAAGGUAUUUAAACGAUACCUUUUGCGGGCAGUGACACUACUGUUUUGCUCGACGUUUCUAGCAAUAGGACUAGAACUGCAACAUUGCGUUACUAAGAACAUAUAUACGGUUUUGCGUCUAAAUAUCUCAUUUUUUUUCAGAGAGCAAGAUUAAGGUUUUGUAAAGGUUUAUAUAUAUGACUCUUAUGUGUGUAUGAAAUAUAUGUAUGGUAAAAGUGACUAAAAAUAAAUGCAAAACGUUAUUAUUGAAUAGCAAACGAAUUAUUGUUUGUUAGGCAUACAUUUAAAGUAUAAAUAUAAGGUGUAUUUAGCAUAAAUAUUCGUGUUUAAAAUAUCAUACCACCUAAGAAACAACUUUAUUUUUCAAAAUGUCCGCUUUAUUUUGCUGUUUAAUAGUGUUGAAUACAAUGGUGAGGAAUUUAGUAUCAUUUGAUCUCGUAGUUGAUACCAUUUGUUCAAUUGUGAAAUGUGAAUAGCAAAGGAAAAUACUUGUCAAUUCGAAGUGAAAUAAAUGACAAUUAAAACUUUUUAGAUUAAAGGCGACAAGCUGUUUUAUUUGAUGUGUUCUACGAUUUCCU